AUGCUGACUCGCGUAUGGAAAGAUCCAUGGAUUCCCACUAUCCUAGCGCGGCCUGCAAAGAGCAUUCUUAACAUAAGAGAUUCUCUACUCUAUGUCAAUGAUUUAAUUGACCAAAACACAAAUUUGUGGAAAUUGGACCGUCUCCAAGCACUGAUCGAUCCCGUUGAUAUUCCACUCAUUUUAGGGAUUCGCCCAAGUCGUACCUACUUGAGUGAUGGCUUUAGCUGGUCUCACACUAAAUCCGGUAAUUAUACUGUUAAGUCAGGAUAUUGGGUCGCGAGAGAUCUUUCUCGUCCUACUUGUGACCCCCCUUUUCAGGGACCAGGGAAUAUUUUCCCUAGAAACUCUCUCUUCUAUAAUUUCGACUUCCUUUUUUGGCGUGACCGAGAAUUUGGAAUUGGAGAAAAGGUGUUGGAACUCUUUCCAUGGAUAAUUUGGUAUAUCUGGAAAAGUAAAAAUCGUUUUGUUUUUGAGAACUUCAGGGAACCUCCCCCUGAAACUUUGGUUUUGGCACUUCAAGAGACAGCUGUUUGGAAACAAGCAACUCUAAAAGAGGAUGAUUCCACUCGUCCAAUCGUGUUCGUAGGUUCUUCUCAGACCCCGUCCACCUUGCUCCCUGAAUGUCAACUCGAUGCAUCAUGGCAUGUAGAUGACACAUUGAGCGGGCAUGGUUGGGUACUUGUUCGACAAGACUUGGUCAUCCACCUUGGCCUUAAGAGCACUCGUCGAAAUUUAUCACCGCUUCAUGCGGAAUUUAACUCUUUGUUAUAGGCAAUGGAGUGCAUGAUCUCUAUUGGUGAUACUUCUGGUACUUUUGCUUCGGAUUGCUCAGACUUGAUUGCUAUCCUUGAUAACCAAGACGAUUGGCUGACUUUUGCAGCGGAAUUGGCUUCAUAUCGUUCUUUAGUUUGUUU